CUGCCAACCGACAAGCACAACCAUCGACCACGAUUCUCAACGACCGAAGCUUUGGGAGCAAGUUCGCUUGCGUCGCCCAUGAUGGCGCCCCUCGAGAUGGCCUCCGCGCUGGAUGACUCCUCGACGGGCGACUCGUUCACUCUGCUGAAGCAGCAGGUUGAGCUCGACAUCAGCUUUUCUCCGCGCCGAGUCAAAGGAAGGACCACGCUCGAUAUCCAGCCCGAUAAACCGCAUUUGCGAGAAGUCGUACUGAACUGUCGGCAGCUCAAGCCAACGGGCAUCAAGGUCGAAGGAGAGAAGGCGGCCUUUAGCUACUCGAACCUCCACCAACGCCUGACGCUAUAUCCCGGCACCGGCCUCGAGCAGUAUCACUUUGCGAAGGAGCGGAUAGCGCGACAUGUGGUGGACAGGGAGGAUGAGCUUGUCAUUAUCAUCCCCACCAAAAUCAAGAUUCGGGAAGUGAAGCCAUCAGAGGCUGGCAUGGCCGACGAUGCUCAGGGCACUUUUUAUGCGCCGCUGAAGCUGGAGAUUGAAUACGAGCUGGAUGACUUCCGGGACGCGCUACAUUUCGCCGGGGUCGAAGACGGAGAUCCACGCUUCCCCCACGCCUACACCCGCAACUCACCCUUUCCCGGCGCCUCGUCGUGCCUGUUUCCGUGCAUAGAUGAUGGUGAAACCAGGUGCCUUUUCGAGGUCUCCAUUCGCUACCCACGGACCCUUGGAGAUGCGCUCUGCAAAGCUCCACCAACGGGCGCAAGUGGGCAACCGCUGACGAACGGGGUUGAGAAAGCUGACAGCGUAAUGCUCGAUGCGGAUGAUGACCACGUGGACCUGUCUGAAGAGGAGAAGGCCAUGGAGAUGUCAGUCAUCUGCUCUGGUACACUGACGGACGAUAUUUCAGAUCCAGCCGAUGCUUCUCGAAAGACGGCAAGCUUCAGUUGCGACACCCUAGUCCUUCCCCAGCAUAUCGGUUUCGUCAUUGGGCCCUUCGAACACGUCGAUCUUUCCGAAUACCGCGACCUUGCCGACGAUGAGCGCCUGGGAGAAAACGCAAUCAAGGUCCAUGCUUUCUGUCUGCCAGGCAAGGAAGAUGAGGUGCGAAACAGCGCCAUGAUGCUAGCUAGGGCUCUUGAUAGCUUCACUGAGCGUUUUCAGAGCUAUGCAUUUGGGAAUUCAUACAAACUCGCAUUCGUGGACGACCUAGAAUGCGAUACGACGCACACGGCCUCUUUCUCAAUCUGUAGCUCUCGACUACUUUUCCCGGAAACUGUUUGGGAGCCGAUGGAGCACACUACAAGAGUCUUGGUGCAUGCUGUAGCCAGCCAAUGGAUAGGCGUAGAUGUUGUCGCGCACAAUCCGGAAGACUACUGGAUAGUUGUUGGAGGCUCCUGGUUCAUGGCAGAACUCUACCUCCGCGAGCUCUUCGGCCGGAACGACUGGCGCUUUCGGCAAAAGCUCAUGGUUGACAAAGUCAUCCAAAUGGACCGGAAACGGCCGUCUCUGCUGCAACUCGGAGAAUAUCUGCAGUUGGACCCUAGCGAACAGGAAUUCAUGGAGCUCAAGUCGCUGAUGGUUCUCUCAGUUCUUCAUAACCGACUGGUCAAGCAGAGCGGGAAGAACGGCGUCGAUAGGUGCCUCUACCGUAUGCUGUUCAAUGCUCGUCAAGGAAAGUACUCCAAUGGCGCUAUUGCCACAGAUGACUUCCUGGACAUAUGUGAAAAAGUUGGCCACCAGAAACUCGAAUCAUUCUUCAAUCAGUGGGUCGUAGGCUCUGGAUGUCCCACGUUCGAAUGUUUCCCUUCCUUCAACAAGAAGAAGCAGGUUGUACAACUCCAGAUUCGACAGACUCAGGCCGACUCAACAGUUACCACAAUCGAGCCGCCUCUUGCCGCGGAAGAUUUUAUGCGAGAAGCAAAAGAGAAGGCACACGACUAUCGUCCACCGAAAGAGUCUUCAACCUUUGUGGGCCCAAUGACCAUUCGGAUACACGAAGCAGAUGGAACACCGUACGAGCACAUUGUUGACAUUAACUCGUCCAACGUCAAGGUUGAGAUACCCUACAAUACAAAGUACAAGCGGCUGAAGAGAAACCGUUUGAAUAAGGAGCGCAUGGCCGCAGCCGCCGGGCUUGACACCUCAGGCGAGACGCAAGAGGAUGUCACCUUCUACAUGUUGGGUGAUCUCUUCACAACACCAGAAGAGCACAACGAGUGGCGGCUCGAUGACUGGCCCGCUGAGGAUGAAGCCAAACAAGAGCAAGAAGCAUACGAGUGGAUCAGAGUCGAUGCAGAUUUUGAGUGGUUAUGCAAAGUCAACAUCAACGACAUGCCAUCGUACAUGUAUGUCUCGCAGCUGCAACAAGAUAAGGAUGUAGUUGCACAGGCCGAGUCUAUACAGUUUCUUGCCAACAAGGAGGGCCACAAGCUCAUCUCCACUUUCCUUGUCAAGACUUUAAUGGACGGUCGAUACUUCCACGGCAUACGAACCAUGGCUGCCGAAGUUAUGGCGCAAAGCGCGCUGAAGCGAACGGAAUGGGUUGGCCUUUUCCAUUUGAAGAAAGCUUUUCGCGAGCUGUUUUGCUUACCCGGAUCACCGAUGACACGCUCGAACGACUUUUCUGAUCGAAGCUUGUAUCUCAUUCAGUGUGCCAUCCCUAAAGCUAUUGCCAAGAUCAAAGGCGAGGACGGCAAAGCUCCUAUGGAGGCCAAACGCUUCCUUCUCGAUGUCGUGCGAUACAAUGACAACCGCGGAAAUGAUUACAGCGAUGAUCACUACAUUUCGACGUUGAUGCGGUGCCUGGCGGAGUGUCUUACCAGUGCUAAAAGUAGCACAAAUUUCGAUCUUAAUCAUCAAGAGUGGGCCGAGGAACAAGAGUUCACUGAUAAGGCGAUCGGAGAGCUCACACGCCACCAGCGCCUCGAUGAGUGGAUUCCUACAUAUCAAAACAUCUACACUACCACCGCCCUCGAUUGUGCGAUGAAGCUGACUAUCAAUCGAGUGACACCUUUCAGACCUACGGAGUUUCUGCAAUAUGCCCAACUCGGUAACGCGGACAACGUGCGCCUAAACGCGUGGGAAUGUCUUAUUCGCUUGGGAUUGUUCCGCAAAGACACUGUAUUGAGGUUCUUCAUUCACGAGAUCCGGUCUGAUCCCUCGCCUUACUUCAGAAAACAACUGCUCCGCAUCUUUGGCAUUGCCGUCGGACAGGUUGCUACUGGCGACGUUUACGCACCCGAGAAGCCAGCGGAUACUUCUGCCGAUUCUCUUGUUGUCGAGAACGAAGUCGACAGUUCCGAUCGCGCAUCGGCCCUUGCCCGCCAGAACUUGUCAGGUGCUCUUAGGGGCCUGAAGAGCGAUUUGCAGAACAACCAGACACUCCGACUGGCACUGGAAGAAGCCUUGAACUCAACAACCUUGUCCACGAGCAACAUGUCUGAGCUUCUAGACUUCUGUGACAUGGUGUUUGAUAACCAGAGGCGGAACAUGCUUCCAGUCAAACUACGCCUCCCGCGCUACUGGAAAGUGGAGCAUCUCGGAAAGGCAGAGAUGCGCUUUUGGCAGACUGACAAAGUCCGGUAUAGGCCGACGCGGCCACUGGUCGCAGAAGCUCUGGCUCAAAGACCUAGGGAAGCACCUGCUCAACAGCCACAGCCACUGCCCGUACCGUUGCCUAGGUUGUCUCUUAAGAUUAGUGCAAACAAGUCAAAGCCUACUGCAGCAUCUCCGCCUCCGCCGGUCGAACCAGCUCUGGUAAAGUCUAGGGCACAGUCUAUAGUCUUUUCACCGACGAUUCAUCAUUCUCCAUCUCCUGCACCGCUGUCGACAAGGGCCUCACCUGCCCCUCCGCCUGUCGCUGCUAUGACAGAAUCUCGAGCGUCGACCCCAGAUAUUCCGCUUAUGCCACCGAAGAAGGCAGCGACUCCAGCACCAGUCGUACAGACCCCCGUGCCACGCCCGACAGUCCCUCCUCCGGCACCUACGACUGCACCUACGACUGCACCGGCGCGACCAAAACCGGCACCAAUCAACGUGCCAGCGUCUAUUGCAACACCUCCGAUGAUCCCGUCUCCCAUCCCUCUUCCUGCGCCAAAACUCAAGAUCAGGACCAAGACGGCCAGUGGUUCGGCCGCCCCGUCCCCGCGGCCGAGCGCUGCCCCCUCGCCACGACCGAGUGUGCCUCCUCCUUCGCGACCUGCUGCUCCUCCGACUUCUACCUCGAAAGAAAAGAAGUCCAGGAAGAGCAAGGUUGUCAAGCUACGCCUUGCACCUGAACUGCUGGCUAAGUUUGCUAACGAGGGCAGUAGGAAGCGGAAGUUGCAGAACGGAGAUGACAAGCGGCCGUUCAAGAGGCAGAGUACAGAGCCCAAUGGGCUGCUGAAUGGUUCAGGUGCGGCGGGUGGGAAGAGCGGAAAGAGUGGGUUGGUGAAGGUGGAGAAGUAUGGUGGCGACAAGCCGCGACUGCUGGUGAAGAUGCGUGUCGGGAGGGGAGCGUUGCCCAAGGAGUGAGCACAUUAUCCGACCACAUGCACUUUUCCCUUCUAUGGCGGCCUUUUUUUCUUUCUCCCAGCGCACUCACGGCGUUCGUUGAAGCGACGAAAAAUGAUGAAAAUCCCAAAGAGUAUGAGAGUUUGGAACAUGGCGGAGUACGCAUGGAUAUUACGGAGUAUAAUAGUUCUUCUUUUUUGUUUCCCACUCGAAAGACGGUAUAAAGUGGGCAAAACCUCUCUGUUCGUUUAUAGCAUUUUCCAGCGACGGCGUUUUCCAUGGCGUGGGAAACUUGGGUGGAUAUUAUACCCCUUUUCUCUUUAAGCUUUUAUUAGGCUUUUAGAAGAAAUCCGAAAACUCAGUAGUCUGUAUUAAAUGAGAAGCAUUAGUUAUCAUCGCACAAUGUAGUGGGCUGGCUGUCU